AACCUGGUGUAUACAUGUUGUAUAUACAAUAUUUGCUUCUCUUGAAAUAGUAUGAACUCUUGUCUAUCACAUGCUUUUCCAGGGAUGGCUCAGGGAUGAAAUAUGCCAUCAUUCCUUUUUUUUAUAUAAAUCUAGUAUCUGUUACUUGUUACAUUUUUACACAAAUCCUGCAUUACAGUCUUAGAAAACUUUCUGUAUGCAUAACGUGAAGGGAAGAAAGGGUAGUCAUGAUAGAAAAAGGGAAUUUGCCCAUAUAAUUGAAAUAGUUGUCAAGUAAUAUUCUGGGUAGGAGAUACUGUAAAUAAUGUAAUGCACUGUAAUGUAUUUUGAAAGAAGGUAGCUUCUCUCUAAGUUUUAUUCCAGGUCUAGUCCAGUGUGGUUUUCUGGAGUCCAGUCUGUCUUGUAAAACUGGAAGUAACAUUUCAGUGGCCCUUUGAGCUGGUCUGACUUGGGGCCCUUGCAGUCUUAUUGCCCCCUCGAGCCAGCACUGACUUCAUGUUUUGGUUCAGGGAGAAGAACAGACUUGCUUGCAGGAGUGUUUAGUGUGCCUGGGCAAGCCCCAGGACUCAUCUGACUCCCCAGCAGUGCUGGCUGGAGAGGUGGCUGUGAAGCAGAGAGCGAUAGGUCUGUGCAGCAUGAGAUGGGAGGGCAGAGCUCAUGCAGCCCUGGAGAGAGGCUGGGAAUCAGAUCCAACCUGGAAGUGCAAAAUGGACACGUAGACAUAGGAAAGCACCUCACAAUGUUAUUGUAUGUUCAUAACAUAUUGCUUUUUGCUUCUAAUAAAACUGUUAGUGUCUUCUGUGCUAGUCUCUGGUGGCUGUUGAAGGUUCUGGUGUUUAAUAGCAACAUUUCAGUCAAUUUAAUGAUAUGAAGGAAACCAAAUAAAAGAAGUAGAAGGCUGCUGCUUGGGAGGAGGAUAAAAAGAUGCAUUUAAAAGAAACCUUUAUUAAUCUUCACUUUGGCAUAAUUAUGCCUGUAAAAAGAAAAUCAAUAAUAUGCAACAGGCCAAGGACGCUGCCAGAGAUUGGAAGGCAUAGUUACAUGGGCUAAACGGAUCUCUUUAAAAUAAUCAAGCAGUUUGUGGGAGGGAGGAGUUUUCCACAUAAAAUUUGCAUGUAGAUGAAGUGCUCUGCUCCAGAGCUGUUUGUCUUGAUGUUCUGCAUAGAUCUGAGUCUGCAUUUUUAUCUUUUUUUGCAAAGUUAAAUCCUUUUAAUUAGAAAUCGGCUUGACCUGUGUUAGUUCCUGAAAAAAUCUCUUUGUAUCAUCUGACCCUACUGAUCUGUAUUUAAUGUAAUUCUUUCACUAGCUUAUUAUCCUUUAACCUCUGGAGCAAUUUUUCAUUGGUCUUUUAACUCCACACAAUCAUUAAUGCUUGUUUUAAAAUGCCAGAAGAAGACUUCCUAUUUGUAUUGUAGUCCUAAUGCUUACUUAAUCCUUCUUUUAGAAUAGUUUUCUCUUUCCUCUUACUUGUUAUAAACAACUAAAUCCUAUAUUGUUCUUAACUCUUUAGAACUAAUUUACUUCCACUUCUAUUAUUUAAACUAAUACAUUUUUAUGAAAGCUCUCUGUUCCUACUUACUUACUUUUGAGCCUGUUGACUAGUGCCAGCCAAAAUUGAUAAAGUUGUGUCAGCAUCGAGGAUAUGAAAUUUUUGCAGGUUUUAUGAAAUCAUCAAGUUGCCAGAGUAAGAAUGACCCACUCUGUUUUUGCUAAUGGAAAAUCUGCAGCAUGAUUUCAAGUUAACUGCUCUGUUAUAUGUGGCUUAAAGUGGCCAGCUAGUUGAUGUACAGCUCUGAACCACUCCACGAUUAUGCUGCUCUUGGAUGAGCUGAUAAGGAGCGCAGCUGGGUUUUACAGCAGCACUGUGGGAGCUCUGGGCUGUGGCUAGAGGCAACCUGAAUUUGCAGUGCAGACACGAAGUUGUGUAGGUUGUGUAUGUGAGAUAAAGUGAUUCCCACCUGAUCUUGAAGUACCCCAGCUGAAUGAUUCUUCAAAUUGAGAUCUGGAAAGCCAUAAUUUCCAUGGAGCAGCCUUCAAAUCAUGUUAAUUGGUGAAAUUUUGAGUUAGAAUGUAGUGUAUAUGCUGAUUUACCCAUGAUUCCAGGGCUUGAUAGCAGAACAUUUGUUGAAGUUUAAUGUCUUUUGGCAUAUUUUGUAUAUAGAUUUUUUAAGAAGGAAAAAUCUAGAAGGAGAAUGUAUGUGUAAUCUUUGCUUACAUCAAAGCAUCUCUGCUUUGAAAAAAUAAAAUAGCAGUUUUCAGUUUCAAGUUGUUUACUUUGGUUUUUUUGUUUUGUUUUGUUUUUAAGGAGGAGAGAUUCGGGAUUGUGCUGCUUUUUUCCCAGUGCCUUUUCUAAAAGGUGGUUCAGGUUGUCUGGGGGAAAUAGACAUUAUUGGUUGUUGGCAUUCCAGGGGAGCUUGAAGUAGAACCAGCAUAUUGUCUUAUGCAUUCCCUUCUUCACUGAAUUUCAGAAGUAAUUCAUGUUGUUGACAGCUAUGUCAACAUGUGAAAAGGAAGGACAGGAACUAAACAAAAGGCAAAUAAUAGAAGAGUCAAGAAAGUGAGAAGUGAACACUUCUUUAGUAAAUUUUCUUUCUGUGAUAGGUAAGAGGGGCAAAUAGUGCAGCCUGUCCUUAUCUGUUACAGCACCACCUUGUUGGAAACGUUCAAAGAGAGCUGUUUGUACGUGUGUGUGUGUGUUUAAGUAUGGGAAAAAAGCAACUGACCUGAGAAACAUAUAUGGUGGAUUUGUAUAGAGGCAUACAAAAGUCUCCAUUUGUUUAAUUAUCUACCCUACUUUAAGCUUAUGCUUCCAAAAACUCUGAAGUGUGGCCUUGCUUGUACCCAUGGCAAACACUGAAUAUGUGGUUUGUCUGCCUGGCAGUGUGAGGCAUCAUGUUAGUUGUUGUUUGAGCUGUCUUCUGCAAUAGAAGAGUCAUGUCUUGUUUGGUUCAGAGAUUACCACAGCAUGUAAUCCUCUGAUAAACUAACUGGCAACUCCAGUACAGGCUGUUGAAGAAACAUUUAUUCUAUUUUGAGACAUGCUUAGUCAUCCCUGUUUUGGCCUCUUAACAGGUUGCAGGCAUUACUCCUUAUUCUCUCCUAUUAAAGCUGAUGAACAAGAAUUAAAAUGCUUUCUAUGAGAACUUCUGAUGCCAAGACUCUUUUGAAGACUUACUUUGUUGCAUGGCUUAAAGGCAGAUGAUAUUGUUAAUAAAUUCUGAACAUCCUUCAGGAGACUGGUGACCCUUCUAUCAUUGAUGUAUGCUGUCAUGGACAACUUCAAAUGCUCUUUUCCAAAACACCACAAGCAGUUAAUGCACCUUAUAAAGGACUCCUGACUUUUUGAUUCUUCCUAAGUCAAAUCUAGAUGUCACCAGUGUUUCCCAUGUUAACAGUUCUGAGCAUGUUUUACUAUAUGUGCCUUCGGCGCCGAGCUAGGACAGCGACGAGAGGAGAAAUGAACAGUCGGAGGGCGAUUGAAUCAAACACCCGAGCCUUACCUAUCAAUGUUGAAAUAGUUCAGUAUGCCAAAGAAGUGUUGGAUUUCAGCUCUCACUAUGGCAGUGAAAACAGCAUGUCAUAUACCAUGUGGAAUUUAGCAGGUAUUCCAAAUGUGUACCCUAGUUCUGGUGACUUUACUCAGACUGCUGUCUUUCGAACUUACGGGACCUGGUGGGAUCGUUGCCCCAGCGCUCGGCUGCCGUUCAAGAGGACACCAUCCACCUUCUGUAGCCAAGACUAUGUGGAACUUGCUUUUGAAGAACCAGUUUAUCCCACUGCAGUGCACAUUCUGGAAACCUAUCAUCCUGGAGCUGUAGUCAGGAUUUUAGCAUGCUCUGCAAAUCCUUACUCUCAAAAUCCACCAGCUGAAGUAAGAUGGGAAAUACUUUGGUCUGAGGCACCUACAAAGGUGAAUGGUCCUCAGGCUCGGCAGUUCACACCUUGUAUCAAACAGAUAAACUUUCCUACAAACUUAAUCCGACUGGAAGUGAACAGCUCUCUUCUGGACUAUUACACUGAAUUGGAUGCAGUAGUGCUACAUGGUGUGAAAGAGAGACCUGUGCUUUCACUAAAGACUUCAAUGAUUGAUAUGAAUGAUAUAGAUGAAGAUGAGGAUGAAGAAAAGUAUGGCUGUGGAAUGGACACCCUUAAUAAACAGUUCAGCAUCGUUACCCUCAGGGAAUGGCCGACUAACGGAUAUUUUGAUAAACUGCCUUAUGAGCUCAUCCAGUUGAUUUUGAGUCACCUUACAGUACCAGACCUGUGUAGACUAGCACAAACUUGUAAGCUACUCUAUCAACAUUGCUGUGAUCCUCUACAGUACAUUCAUCUCAGUUUACAACCUUACUGGGCAAGGAUUAAUGACACAUCUCUGGAAUACCUACAGUCUCGCUGCACUCUCAUCCAAUGGCUGAAUUUAUCUUGGACUGGAAACAGGGGAGCCAUCUCUGUUUCUGGAUUUAGCAGGUUCUUGAAAGUUUGUGGCUCUGAACUAGUACGUCUUGAAUUGUCUUGUGGCCAUUUCCUCAAUGAAGCGUGCUUGGAGGUCAUCACUGAAAUGUGUCCAAAUCUUCAGGAAUUAAAUCUCUCAUCAUGUGAUAAAAUACCACCUCAGGCUUUCAACCAUAUAGCCAAAGUGGGCAGCCUAAAGCGUCUCAUUCUCUACAGAACGAAAGUGGAGCAAACAGCCCUGCUCAGUAUUUUGAACUUCUGCUCGGAGCUGCAACACCUCAGCCUGGGCAGCUGUGUCAUGAUUGAAGAUUAUGACCUUAUAGCAAGCAUGAUGGGAGCAAAAUGCAAAAAGCUUCGCAGUCUGGAUUUGUGGAGAUGUAAAAACAUAACUGAAAGUGGAAUCGCAGAAUUGGCUUCAGGCUGCCAGCUUUUGGAAGAACUUGAUCUUGGUUGGUGCCCUACGUUACAGAGCAGCACAGGCUGCUUCACGAACCUUGCACGUAAACUCCCAAACUUGCAAAAGCUCUUCCUUACGGCCAACAGGUCUGUGUGUGACACAGACAUCGAGGAGCUUGCUGCUAACUGUACACAUUUACGGCAGCUGGAUAUAUUGGGGACGAGGAUGGUGAGCCCCGCAUCUUUAAGAAGAUUGCUGGAGUCUUGUAAAGAUCUUUCUUUACUCGAUGUGUCCUUCUGUUCGCAGAUCGAUAACAGAGUUGUGCUAGAACUGAAUGCCAGCUUUCCUAAUGUGUUCAUAAAAAAAAGUUUCACCCAGUGACUCCCUACAUAUGCUGCUGUGGAACUCAUUUGACAGAGUUGUUUCCUGUAAAUUUGUGCUGACUUUUUUAAAGAAGAAUAUAAAUCUGCUGUGAAAUAGUGGAAACUAUUAAUUAUCUAUACAAAUGGGUAAAAUACAUUAAAAUGUAUUAUGUUUCUUAAAGAGUUGAUGUUGUACCUAAGAAUUAUUUUACUCUGUGUUAAUUGGUAACACUGCAUGUUUUUAAAUACCAGCCAUAUGUUUGGCUUUAAUGAAAAGCAAAUGAAUGUCUUCUUAAAUGUCCCUUCAAAGGGUGUUACACACAGUAAACUAUGUUAAUGUCCAGGUGAAAGCAAACGUUCAAUAUUGAGCAGUAAGGAAAAUAUGGGUGCUUCCUUCUUAUGUGUUUGUGUGUGUAUAUAUAAAUGUAUACAGAUGUAUUUGUAUAUACAUACACAGAUAUUGUAGCAUUCUAGUUUGGCCUGCAGCAUAAGAUGCUGUGAUCUGGCCUAUAAUUAGUUAUUUGUUUUUAAAGCUGUUUAAGCUUGUAUAGGAACAGAUCAAAAAGGCACUUUGUCCUCUUCAGUUGUUUGGCAGUGAUCUGUAUCUGAUACAUUUUUCUCCCUUCCUCCGCCUGAAAUAGAUGUAGUGAUGUUUUACAGUCCAGCCUAAGCAACACAACAGAUAAAUGCAAGAACCUGAAACUCCUGAACUUAGAGCAGAAGCAAAAGAGAAAAUUGCCAUCUGUUUCUUGGUAUCGAUAUAAAAAGUUUGAGCCAGGUACUUAAUGUUGUAGCUGGUAAUGUGUAGAAAACUCCAGCGUAGUUUUUCAAAUUUCUGACAUGGUCAAGACUUGAUUUGUGAUACGUUUGAUUAUUGUGCAGAGUACCAUGAAAAGUAGAAUUUAGGGUAAUGUGUUAGCAACUGUCCCUUACACUGGCAUCAAAUUUACUAUCAAGAGUGAAAACAAGCAUCAUUGUUCAGUAAAACAGCAAUGAAAAUGUAAUGGGUUUGAAACGGGCAAUGUUGAUCUGGUGAUUUUUUAAUCACCAAACCUCAGUGUUGGAUUUGUUUUGUUUGGUUUUUUUUUGUUUUGUUUUGUUGUGUUUUUUUUUUUAAGAGAUGGUAGCUCAAAGUACUAUUGCGCUCUCUCUUUAGCACUGCUUAGCCUCUGGAGAAUGAAAACUGUGUUGGUGGACAAUUUCUGAAAGUUUCUUCCUUUUGCACUUUCUUGGAUGAAGCUUUUCACUUUUUUUUUUCUUUGAAUAGCACCACUAGAAUAUGUCACUAUAUACAGCUUGAGUUUAGAAUUUUGCCUUUUUGGCCAUUGUUGAUGAAUAUGGACCAUGAAAUAUAGCCUGUCAUUUGAUAUUGGCUCUAUUAUCCUUGUAUUGAUGGCAUUUAUUGCCUACUGGACUAAGAAGAAAAAUACUUUGUCUGGCAGAAGUACAUUAUUGUACUGAAGAUCAGUUGCAAAGAACACUUCAUUCAUGCAGUAAAUAACCAAACUGCUACUAGAGGACUGCUAUGAAUCAUUAAAAAUCUGACAAUCUCUCUGACUCCUGAAUGACUGCUUUGAUCUCUUUGUGCUGGUGCCAAUACUUUAGAGACCAUGUCAUGAAACAGCUACAGAACAUUCAUCUGAUUUUAUUGAAAGACCUGUUUCUUCAAAUUUUUAAAUUUUGCUGACUCUUUGGGGAAUUCCAGAUCCAAAGAAGGACAUGCACAGUUGGCUUUUUGAUUUUUCCCUCCUCACUGAUGGCACUAUGGGAUUUCCAACUGGAUUAUACCAUUCCAUUUUUUUUUCCUUUAGAAAUCUAGGCGUUGUCAGAGAACUUUAGAUUGAUUUACUUUUCUUCUACACUGAAAGAUGUCAACUUUGGUAUGAUUCUGUGUGAGACCUCAUUUCUUUCAAUUAUGUUUGGGUUCAUUUAUUGUUCUUGGAACUUUUAAACUUUUUUUAUCUAUAAGUAAUAUAUUUCAUUGUAAUUGAAUAUUAAAUGUUAUUAUUCUAGUUAUAGAAGAACACAAGUUCAGAUAAUGGGAGUUUACAAAGAACAGUGUUUCCAAACAAAUGUUUUUGUUGUAAAAUUUCACUUCUCAGGGGUGCAUCUAUGUUUAUCUCCUUUUUUUCUGAAGAGAUCCUUUUUGUUUGUUUUUCACUGUAAAUAGAAUGGGGUGCGGGUGAAAUGAUAGCCAUUGUGCCUUCAAACUGGUCAACUUGGUGGAUAAUACAGCUUAAAUUCUGUGGCAUCAGUGAGUCAAAUAAGUGGUUUUGUAAUCAUGUAUGUGUAAAGAAUUUCAUUCUCUGUUGCUUCUUAGGUAGCAUGAAGGAGGUUUAAAUUGACAUUUUGUUCAUACUGAAGUAUUUUCUAUUGUUUAUGUCAUGUUGUUUUUUUCAGGAAUUCUCUAUUGUCACUUGAAAGAUAAAUUGAAGUCAACUUUUUAUUUGGACUGUUUAAAACUUAGCUUUUGCCAACAUAGAAUUAAUUCAAACAGCAGAGAAGUGAUUGGGAGUGACUUCCAUCUGUAGUUCUAGACUUCAACCUUCAAUCAGAGAGUAAGAAGCUCUUUUAGCUAUGGCCUUAUAAGUCCUAAGAAGUCUUCCAGCAAAGAGAAGAUAGUCCAGACUUGAAAUUUGUAGUACUUGUAGGAAUAAAGAAAACAACAUGCUUUUAGACCUUCCUUAUAUGUCACAAAGAAGCAAGAACAGAUCACUGUCUUUUUAGUUCUGCUUUUUUGUACUUAAGUGGGUCUACCUAUUUAUACACAUGUAUACAUAAAUUAUAUGUGUACACGCAUAUGUUCAUGUGUAUAUAUGAAUUUUUUGGAUGUGUGUACAUACUUAAACAUAUAUGUAUAAAUCUCAAAGUUUGUCAUUUAGGAAUUACUUUUGUGAAGUGUAAUAGCAAAAAAUGUUUCAUAGCAAUUCUACUUUCAACUGUUGUUUUACUGUACCUGGAGACUCAGUUCCUCUCCACCCAUGCAGCAGAAAAAGCCUGGACAAGAGAUGUGCUGGAUUUCCUAUGUUGCUUUGCCAAAGUGCCUUUUGGUUUUUCUACACAUGAAAGGUGUUACAGGGUAUGAAGAGUGUGAAUGCAAAGUCCGGUAACUACUGUGGACUGUCUCAUUGUGAAGCAGUCAUAUAGCAGGAAAUUUAUAUUCUAGUUUCAUUUAAUCCAAAAUGAAUGAUGGCAAUUCCUCCAUUGGAGGAAUUUAAUUAUUCUUGAAUUGUAUUGUCAUCUCCAUCACUAGACCAUCCCUCAGUCACAUUAUCUAAAUUUUGCUUUUAAGGAUAUUCUUUUUGUUUAAUCUUGUCCUUUGAUCUCGUCUGUCUUUCUGAAGCUUUGUAAAAGAUGUGCUUUGGCAACCAAUAUUAAAAAACCAUGGCUAAUGUGUCCAAAAAAAGAGGUUUGCUCUGAACUGCUCCUGCUCUCACACUAGAAGGGGGCUUCCAUACCAUCUGUGAAAUUGAUGUGGGAUGGCAUGUAGGUAAAUACGUAAUUCCUUUGGUAAUUUUAAAAACUAGUAUGAUACCUUUAUCGUUUAAAGCCUCUUCUCUUCAAGGCUUCAAUUCAAUAGUGUACUUACUUGUAUUCAUAAUUCUGAGCUGUCUGGCUAGAUAGCUCUAUUGAAAUGGAUGGGAUUUCUGUUCUUUAAAUUACAUACCUGAUUAAGUACAUUAGUGAGCAUGACUUAUAUAGAAGAGUUUUGCAUAGGAGUUUGGACCUUAUAAUCUCCACGUACUUGGAGGUCCAAAUUGCAGACCAAAAAAACCCCCAAAACCAACCAACUAACAGAAACCACUAAAAAACUAGUAUUUUCUGUCUGAUUCUUUCCUUAGAGCUCCUAUGCUAACUUUUCCAGAUACAAGAUGUCCAGUAAUCAUGGUACACGGUGAGUAGAAUUCAUCUCACUGAAUGUUAGCUCUCUUAAAGUUAGGCAUCUCCUUUAUGGGAGGAAUCUGGGCACCUCUAGAGAUAUAUUAAUCACCCCCUAAGACAGAUAUUUAAGGAAAGUAGAAUGAAUCAUGUUCUGGAGAGCCUCUCUGGAGACUGUGGAAUCUGUAAUUUAGCUCAGGUCAGAUACUAAACUGAGAUUAAUUCUAUCCGGUGUUGUACUAGCUGUCUUGAAAAACAAGCCUGAAACAACAUCCAUCCCCAAACCUUUAAAUCUUUCAAAUUCCAUCCAGAAAGAAGCAAAUUAAAGAAAUUCUGACAACUUGAGAAGUUUCUAAAAGCCAGGAUCUUCUUCUGCCCCUUGCCAAUGCCUGUGGUAUGUCUUUUGGGGUUUUUUUGUUGGGUUUUUGGGUGUUUUUUUUCUUUAGAAAUGCAUCCCCUUUCCCUCUUCUGAAAUCUCAUGUACUUAACUAUCUAUAUGUAUAGUUCUGUAAAUGCAUGAAAGUAACAGGCAAAUGUAAUUGAUAUAUUGCCACUAUUUUGAUAAUCUUUCAUAUUGCUAUAAUUAAGACUGAGUAGUUUAAUUGCUCUACUGUCAUCAGAAAUGUUACCCACUGUGCAUUUGCAAAACUUGUGUGUAGAGUCCUGCUUCUUACUGUGUGUACUUAUUGCAUCUUAUGGGAUAUAUUUCCCAUUUACAUCUGCAGGACUAUUACAUUUUAAAAAACUAGAUAAAAUGUAGCAUUUUAUUAUGAGGACUAUGGGAGUGACUUUAUAUAUAUUGAUUUAUAUGUUCGUUAUUAAUCGUUCACAAUGACUCCAUAAGUUGUAGCUUUGAAAUUACUUAGAAAAUCCUGGUUUAGUGCAUCUGAAUUUGCUGUGUUAGACACAGUCAACAUUUUUUCCCAAAUGAAGGCAUUUGUCCUUCACUGAGAUGAUGAUUUCUGUGAUUUUUAGAUUUCUGACUUGAAAAUGAAAUGCCAGAAGGUGCUCUUUAUUAAAUAUUACCGGGCAUGGGAUAAAUUGUGGUAACUGACAUUAGGAAGGGAUGAGAAAUGAGUCUCGUGUGUUACAGAUUCUCAUGAGCUUCAAAGAACAGCUCAGCAGGAGGUGGCUCUUUUUAAGAAGUUUCAGUACUAGCAGGCAGUGGUGAGAUUUUCCUUUUUAGCUAGAUGGACUAAGCAGUAUUACUUUUGAUGGAGUUAUAUAGCUAUAGUUUCUCCUUGUCUUGUUUUCAUUUAAGAAUGAUAAAUGGCACAGUUAGGACAGAUGUCCUAAAUUGAAAGUGAUCCAUUGUGAGGAAUGAAGUUUUUCUCUUGCAUGUUUUGUUCACCUUUUCUAAAAAUAAACAAAUAAAAAUACCCUCAACUAUUAGAAAACUCAUUUUCAUCGGUUACCGAAGUGAUGCAAAUGUCAAGAAAGUUGAGAAAAGAAAGAAAGGGGACUCAUCCAGAUUUAUCUGGAAACUAGUGGAAGGGUGGCCAGAGCUAUUUACAGAUGUGAGGAAAGUAAGUGCCUUGCUCCAGAUCAGCUGUUAUCUUUCCCAGAAACGUAGCUUCCCACAUAAUAUCACAUGCUCAUACUUUUAAGUCCAGAUCUAGCAUUCAGAGGCUUUCAUGUACGUAUUUGUGCAGUAAUUAAUGAUGUCUCUUCAUUUCAUUUUUAUGAAGUACAUAAAAAUAUUUUUCUUUGCCUACAACUGCCCAGCCACAUUUUUUGUUAAAAUCUGAAAUUAUUUUGUGCAUGUACACUCAGGUGCUUAAUUGCUUAGGUUCUUUGCAAUUGGUCCUUUUCUGAGGACAAAUAAACUGCAGUUUGGAGGAAAAAAUGUUAAAGUGAAGGCUCUAAAGAAGAGAAGGCCCAGGGGAAAUCUGAUCAAUGUGUGGGAAUACCUGAUGGAGGGUGGGGAAUGAAGAAGCGACAGCCAGAUUCUUCUCAGUGAUGCCUGUGGAAAGGACAAGAGGCAAUGGGCACAAACUGAAAUAUAGGAGGCUCUAACUUAACACAAGAUGACACAUUGUAUGGUAAGGGUAACCAGGCCUUGGCACAGGGUGCCCACAGAGGUUGUGGAAUCUCCAUCCUUGGAGAUACUCAUCAUGGGGGGCAACUGACUCUAGGUGGCCCUGCUUGAGCAGUUGGAGGCUGGACUAGUUGACCUCCAGAGGUCCCUUUCCAACCUCAUACAUUCUAUCAUUCUGUGAUUCGAGACAUGCCCUGUGGUUGUUUUGUUUGCUUCAGUGUACUGAUUGCUGAAGAAGGUAGGGAGGGGAGAAAAGGAAGAAUAGAUAGGAACUUGUGAUGUUGAGAACAGCCACAAGAAUCUUCUUAAUUUCCUUUUUUGUCGUUUUAAGACAAGUAACAUUUUUCACGGUUUAAGGAAAAGCUAAAUGUGACUUACUGAAGUAAAAUUUUGGUACCAUUUUCAACAUACAGUUCUGUAACGUACAAAACACACAGUUUACAGGAGUGUGAUCACUCCAAAGUCUGAAAGCUACACCAAGGACUAAGAUAAAUAACCUUAUUCUUGGGUACUGACAAUAGUUUCUGUUUAGAAACUGAGUUUAUGUAAUACCUUAGGAACAGUUUAGUUUUAAUAUCUUUAGUAUUUGUUUACAUAAAUCUUACACAUUGUUUAGAUGCCAGUUAUUCCUGCUUACUCUAUUGCGAACUGAGUACAGUAGUUAACUGUUCAUGGUGUUAAACAUGAACAUUUGAAUUCAGGUGAAAAAGAGGACCAAGUUUAUGAAAUACUGAGCUGUCUGAGCAUUUUAGGGAGAUAAUGGAUAUAAUUGUGGUGAAUUCCCAUCUUUUUUGUAUUUAUUUAUUACCAUUUGCAAGAGUGGCUGGGUAGUACAGCCCUUUACUCACCAUCAGAAGAUGGGUUUCCUUUUGUCAGACCUUGGUUGCUCUAGAUUUAUUUUCUUCAUGGCAGUGCCACAGAUUUCUCCACAUAUACACUGUUCUGAAAGUAAUAGAGAUGAAUUAAAAAUACCUGGUUUGGUUGUGAUUUGGAAACUAAUGGCUAGUCUAUGCUUGAAGUUAUUUUGGAAUAGUUACUAAAAGUGAAUUAAAACAACCAGGAAUUGAUGUAUUCACAGGGGGACCUUACAGCUUGUGAUUUAACUUUUGCAUACAGACAAUUACAGUUGCCCCUGAGCCAUCUUAGAGAAAUCUGUAUGAUGUUGAUCAUUCUGGAUCUACCUAGUGAGCAUAAAGCCACUGCAGCUCUUUAGCAUCUUGUGGUGUUUUGCAUUCAUGUCCUUACCAGGCAGAUAAUGGAGUUGGGGGUUGUGGAGAUUGGCCUGAUGUUUGUAAGUGAGGUGCAUGAAUUGCCUGGGGAAAUUUCCUGCUCAUGUUUAUUUCUAUGUGUGAAUGAGAAGGAAUGGUAUCUCCAGACCUUCAAAUUUAAAUAUCUAAACCCAGCACCUGUAUUAAUUUAAAAAUAGUAGGUCUCUCCCUGCUCCCCAUCAAUUAGCCAGCAACAAAAUACUUGCAUUGUAUUUUUGAUUUAAUAGUAUGCUCCAUUUUCUGUCGCAACAAUAGGAGUUUGAGUAAUGUAACAAGAAACUCCUACUGGGUUACCUUUUAAAGACUAAUUUCUAUAAAAGGUGAAAGAGCAGCAAUAGAGGGAAUAGUUCUGGACACUGUUUGUAAAUAGCUGUGCUGUGCAUGCUAUGCCAGUAAGCACCAGAAGCAAAUUAUGCCUUUUUGUAGUAAAUUGAGAAGGACAAAAGGGAUAAUUGCCUCUAAGCACAUUUUCUGUAGCUGGAGGAUAUUUUUUUAAAUAUCCAGAGUAGGUACUGAAGUUAGGAAACUGAUAUCCUGAUCUGAAUUACCCUAUAGAAGAACCUACCUACCCAGUGACAAGACCCUAGGAGACUAAUCUUAAACUGAGGUCUUGAAUUGACCUCUGGAGAAGCAAAGGUCUAUGUAGAUUAUAUAAAAUUUCUGUUGGAAGCUAGUAUGAGUGGAUUCAGAGUAAGGGGUUGCUUACCUUUCAGUGCUCCCAAUUAGUCCCCUAGUUUCACUUGCUUCCACCAAAGGCCACAACUUUCUUUGCUCUGGUUGUUGAACUGUAUCUGAUUGCUCCUUACAAAAUAUCUUGGCUAAAACUAGAAAGCCUUUUUUUUCUAGUAGUUGUUUCCCUCCCCCCCCCCAAUUUGGGUAAUUAGGCCAGCCGAAGGAAAGGGGCAUUUAUCUUCAAUUAAAAGAAUAACAAGCAGCAGGUGGGAGUAUGUUGGUUAUGCAAAUAUUUUAAUUCAAAUUAGCAUAAACGAGGAUAGCCACUCUUCAUCAUGGUUCAAAGCUUCUUAACUUUUACAUAGUUCCUCAGUACCGUGCCACAAAAAUGUCCAAAGGGAGGUUAUUCAUUUGCACCUCAUGACAGUGGUUCGAGCCCUAAAGUAUAAAAUGCUACUGUGAAUAUAUAAGAACAUGCGGGUCCUAACUGGCUUCAAUAAAUUCCCCAACAAAAGUCCUUUGAGAAACAGGUGCUGAGAGGUUUAGAUUAGAAAAGCUAAUAAGAGCAUAUUUAAAGUAUGGUGAAGGCAGUGGUUAGCAAAACCAAGCAGGAGGUUUGUAAACGCAAAGGUGUCUGUGCAUAUGCAGACAUAGCCCAGGCAUGGAUACCAGGCUCCUCCUCAUUUGAAUGCCUUUGACUCAUGUUUCUGUGGUAUAAGGUAGGGGUUUACCUGAACACACACAUACACAAAACAGAGAUGUUAACCCUAUAUUUAUGAAGGAUUUAAAUUAUUAUGGAGAAAUUAUCUAAUGCCUUAUAUUGCUAACUCAAAGAUACUUUCUUUUUAUCUUAAAAAAGUUAACCAGUGAUUUCAAUUUAGUAAAUUAAGUCUGGUUUUCUUCUGAUAUGUUGGAUCAUUUAAAGUGUCGUAAUACUGUAUUGUGCAGUUUUAUUUCGUUACUGCCUGUAUAAAGAAGUUGAAAUUAAUGUCCUCACUGAGUUGUCAGUGUCUGCUAAUUCAGAGAUGACAGAAAAGUGUUAAAAUAUAUUCAACCUAUAAUAGUUAUUUUGCUUUGCACUUAAUUUGUUUCCCUUUUACGGUAUUGCAAAAUGCCAAAUGUACAUAAAAUAAUGAAUAAAUAAAACAAAAAUAAAUUAUUUGUCUAAAUUCA